AUGCUGUUAGGAGUAAAUCACGUCUAUCAUGGCUGUCAAACAGCAUCUCUUUCCUUGUUUCGAACUGAUUUUCUUACUCAAAAUUUCUCGUUUAUAUUUCCAUGUUCAGAUCUAUCUCACAACCCUUUGGCGGAAGCAGAGUUUCCUGUGUUUGCUUCUCUGAAGCGUCUCGAUUUGAGUGAAACGAAGUUUACCAUCGCUCCUCAACUGAGUGCUCCUGUACUAACCGAACUCACAAUGGACUCAUCGAUUGUGGAAAUGAUAAAUUUCAAAACAUGGAUCCUUCCAAACCUCGUCAGGUUAUCGAUGAUCGGUUCAUACAAGUUGAAGUUUGUGAGUGGUCAGCUUCCGGAGACGACAGAAGAGUUCUCAUUGACCAACUCUCAAAUUGUAGCAUUUCCUCAGUCUUUUUUCACCGGAACCUCUCUACAAUUUUUGGACGUGAAAGGUUCCAACUUCGACUGUGACCCAUGCGUCAUGCAGUGGUCGCUUCCAGUUGCUUCCCUAAUGACGAAUCAAACGCAGUGUCCUCCAGCAACCCCUCUCACCAAUUGUACUUUGGGAAUUUCACAGCACGAUCCAGAUAUUGUGAGAGCUGUAAUGGGAGAAUCAGCACUUCUCCCAUGCACUGCCUACGGUACCCCACAACCCAGUAUUGAAUGGUGGUUGUAUCGUCCCAAAACAUUCUUGGGAAUAUUCGAUCCUCGGUCAGCUGAUCAGAUCAACUCGACUCAUGACUGCUGUUCAAUAUUGGGCGGCGGCGCAUUACUUCUUCACAAUGUUAAUCGAUCCAUGAUAGAGCGAUAUGUGUGUGUAGCGCGGCAAGGCUCAAAUUCUGUGCAGAGGAUUGUGCAUUUCAGGUAA